GCAACGCCUUCUUGAAUUCAACUGCCCAACAGCCUCUCGCUUUGCCCUCUGCUUUAACAAUGCUUUGAGUAUGGACUCUUUCCAUCGUGCGCCUGUCCUUAGAUUAAUGCGCAACCGAUUAUGUACCUCUUGCGUGCGUGCGUUACGCGUUCAAGUCCUCCGCCGCAACUCGCGAGUCCUCAACAGCCGGUCGAAGAGCUAUAUAGCGCGCUCCGGUGAGCAAGCAAAUCCACUGUCCGGGUACUACACCGAAUUGCUCUCACAGCCCCAUCGCGUCGCUGCGUCUACCCGUCCCCCUACUACCUCUUCUUCUAAAGAUCAAGAGGUCAAAGCAGAACGCGACGAACGCAUAGCAAAGGCACGCCUUGUCUUUGGAAGCAGGCUAGCCGGGCCUAUAGAGCGGCGCAAAAAGGUCGAUGAGCAAAGCACACUCAUAGCAGGAGUGCUAGUCCCACCACGGCCGCAAGAGCCGGACAACUGCUGUAUGAGCGGGUGUGUAAAUUGCGUGUGGGACGUCUACCGCGAUGAUCUAGAGUAUUGGGCCGCGAAGACGAAGGAGGCAAGAGAGAAGCUUGCGCAGCAGAAGCGGCAGAAGCAGGAGAAGUCCGCGAGGAAGCCCUUGCUCUCGACGAACACUUCCGUGGCGAGUUCGAGUACGCCAGCCCCGGACAGCACACUAUCACAUGCAGCAACGAGCAUGGACGAUGAUGGUGGAGGGAGCGAUACGAAUUGGGAUCGUGGACUAGACAUUCCGGAUGCACCUCAGGAGGAUUUGUUCGGAGGCAUUCCCGUUGGAAUACGAGAAUUCAUGAAAACAGAGAAGAGAUUAAAAGAGAAGCACCGUGCGGAAGGGACCAGGUAUUCGUACUGAGAGAAAUCGAGAAACUUUCUUGCGAAUUUUGAACUCGGCGCCUCAUAGCGACUGAAUCUUCAGGAAACGUAAAGAGCAAGCAUGAAAGAUGGCACAGGGUGUGCUGAGGACGGCGCGUAAAUUGUCGCUUUCUGCACACAUAGCGUUUGAGGUAAAAUUUAGAGCUUAUAAGAUACUUAUUUAUCUGCGAUAUUACCGCUGUGAAGUACACAUAACUUCGAGAUAAGACUUAUUGUCCGACAGAUUUUAGAAUUGCAAACGAAUGAUUUUCG